ACUAUCAACCACAAACCCUUGGCUUUCUGGAGCGAUGACGCUGGUGGCUGGCUCCUACGAGAAGUUUAUUUGGGGCUUCUCCCUUAAAACCCUAAGCUCUUCUUCCUCCGAUGAAGCCCUAAUCCUAAAACCCCUCUUCUCCUACCCUUCCCACACGGCCCCAAUCAAGUCCGUCGCCGCCGCCGGUCCUAUAGCCGCAUCUGGUGGCGCCGACGACACUAUCAAGAUCUACGACCUCGCAACCUCCUCUGAGAUUGGUUCCCUUAUUGAUCACUCUGGCGCUGUGACCGCCCUCGCUUUCUAUACUACCUCGCUCGCUCAAUCUCUUCCCCGCAACCUCAUUAGCGCCGCCGAUGACGGCAAUCUCUGUAUCUUUGACGCCGAUCCCUUCGUCCACCUCAAAACCGUCCCCGUGCACCGCCGCGGCGUCAGCGACCUCGCAGUGCACCCGUCCGGCCGGCUCGCCCUUACUGUCGGACGGGAUUCGUGCCUGGCGAUGGUUAAUCUGGUGAGGGGGCGGCGUAGCUUCUCCUGUCGUCUGGAUCGGGAGGCGUCAGUCGUGAAAUAUGGGUCAGAGGACAUGUUCUUUAUGGUGGCGGAGGAGAGAAUCACUGCGCACAAUGCCGAGGAUGCGAAAAUUAUAUGGGAAACUGUUGGUCAGAAGCGUGUCCUCUGCAUUGCAACUGGCGAGAGUGGACUCUUAUUUACCGGUGGAGAAGAUAAAAAUGUUGUUGCUUGGGAUACAACAAGUGGAAAAGUCGCAUAUUCCAUUGAUGAUGCUCAUUCCACACGUGUCAAAGGCCUCGUUAUGUUGAAGAGAAGAAGCUACGAUGAAACUUUUGAAGCAUCCAAUUGCUUGGCUUCUGCAUCUUCAGAUGGUGUUAUACGACUCUGGGAUUUAAGAAUGACCUCAAAAGAGAAGACAAAUCCUUUGGCGGAGUCUAACACAAAGUCAAGGUUGACUUGUCUUGCUGGAUCAUCCGUAUGAUGACCAUGAAAAUUCACCUGCUGGACUAUCCUUCAAAUGGGAAGACUCUUGGUGGACUACUCUGCACAUCUCGGAUUGUGUGGAAAAUUUUGUUAGUUGCAUUCAUAAAAGACUGCACUGGACGGGAAAUUAAGUUUAUGCUAGUGUAAGCUUAUUUGUUAUUGAAAUUAUCAAUUUUACAUGUAGAACAGUGAGCAGUGUCGGCUCUAACUGUAGUGACUAGUGAACAGUGUCA